AUGGCUAAAUUUGUUGAAGUAUCUUCAAUAUUCUUGGUGAUUUUCAUGGUUUUGAAUGGUGUAAUAAUCAAAGGCCAAAAUGUUCCUGCCAUGUUCAUAUUUGGUGACUCACUUAUUGAUAAUGGUAACAACAAUAACAUGGCUUCUUUAGCUAAGGCUAAUUAUUAUCCAUAUGGUAUUGAUUUCAAUGGAGGUCCAACCGGUAGAUUCUCUAAUGGUUACACCAUUGUUGAUGAAAUAGCUGAAUUGCUUGGACUUCCUCUAAUUCCUGCAUACAAUGGAGCCACGGGGAAUGAAGUGCUUGAAGGGGUAAAUUAUGCUUCAGCUGCUGCUGGAAUUCUUGAUGCCACCGGAAGAAACUUUGUCGGGCGGAUACCAUUUGAUGAACAACUUAGGAACUUUGAGGACACAUUGAAUCAAAUUAGAGGAAAUAUUGGACCAGUUAAUUUGGCAUCACAACUUGCAAGAUGCAUAUUCUUUGUUGGGAUGGGAAGCAAUGAUUAUCUAAACAAUUAUCUUAUGCCUAAUUAUAACACUAGAAAUCAGUUCAAUGGACAACAAUAUGCUAAUCUCUUGGUUCAAACAUAUAACAACCAACUCAACAGACUUUAUCAACUUGGAGCAAGGAGAUUUGCGAUUGCGGGAUUAGGGUUAUUGGGAUGUACUCCAAGCAUAUUGUCUCAAAGCUUGAGUGGAAGUUGCUCUGAAAAUGUGAACAUGUUAGUGCAACCCUUCAAUGAAAAUGUGAAGACCAUGUUGGGCAAUCUCAAUAAUAAUCUACCCGAUUCUAAAUUCAUAUUCAUCGAUAGUACUCGCAUGUUCCAAGAGAUACUUUCCAAUGCUAGAUCCUAUGGAUUUACUGAAUUGGAUAAAGGGUGUUGUGGACUUGGAAGAAACAGAGGUCAAAUUACUUGUCUACCCAUGCAAACUCCAUGUGCUAAUAGAAACCAAUAUGUGUUUUGGGAUGCAUUUCAUCCAACAGAAGCAGUUAACAUUUUGAUGGGAAGAAUGGCUUUUAUUGGCAACACCAACUUUGUUUACCCUAUGAACAUUCAGCAACUUGCUCAACUAUAA